CUCAUUCAGUCAAGGCAACCCCAAGCUCAACUUUAAACCUUCACUUCUGAAAGUCAACACCAAAGUCAAAGUCUGUGGCCUACGGUGCCUUUUUAAUCCUUCUUUCCAUUCUUCUUUCAUUUUCAGGUUACAUUUUCGAACGCCGAGACUGGGCAAGCAAGCAAGCAAACAUCAACAAUGUCAUAUGGUCGAUAUGGGCGCCCAGCCCUGAAAAACACCGUCGACGUCCAGUUACAGACCGCCUUCACUGACGGCAACUGGAACACCGUCAUUCGUUUGGCCGACAAGCGCUUCAAAUCUCUCAAGGACCCUUACUACGAGGCAAUCAGAAUCGCUGCCGAGUCUCAGCUCGAUGGCACCACAGAAAGGUGCACGGCACUGAUCGCCAUCGACGAGCUCGUCAAGUCCAAGGCUGUGCCCGACUAUGACACCCUUGAGCUGCUCGAGUGGGCUGCGCGAGAGUACCUCUACGACACCGAGUAUGCCGAGACGUUGGGUCCCCUCAGAGCCCGCUGGGUGAAGGCGAACCCCAAGAGCAAGUUUGCCGUGAAAUGCCUUCAGUCCUGCUUGGAGUAUUGGGACCUUGUGAGCGCUCAGCAGAUUGCCACGACGCUGGACAAGGCCUUCGCCAACUCGGGAGACCGCCAAUACAUGUUCUGGAGCAUUACUCUCACCUACCUCCUUUCAGUUAGCCCCCAGUGCAGUGAGGCCAGCAAAAAGGUGUAUAGCCUUCUUGUAGUGAAGCAACUUGAGAGGGCGGCUGAUAUUACUGAAAACUGCGAGAAAGUCGAGCCUAAAGAUCGAGGUCUGCUUCAAGAAGAGGAGAUCUCUCUUUACUACCGGGUCAUGCUCUCUCAUGGCUCCAAAGAAGACUUCAUCAGCCGCAUGCAGAGCCCCAAACUGGGACCUCUUGCCCAGCUCAAGCAUGGUCGCAAGGACCUGUUCUACCAAGCCCUGAACGCCUAUGAGUCGUGGGGCGAAUGGGACCGCAUCUAUGACCUUUGCCGUCAAGCUCUCAGACUGGGCCUUGAUGGUGCGACACCGACCUUCUCCGUCUGCGACUACAAGGUGUGGAAGAAGUUCGCCUUGGCUGCCAGCAAGUCCAAGGAUCAGGAGACUGCCCUUGGAGAGGUGCAGAGCAUCCUCAAAGAGUUCAUUGCGCUCAAGACCAACACCGCCAUGUACAAGAAGAACAUUGCUCUCGCCCUCCUCGACACCGCAUUCCGUCAGCCUGUGGUACCAGGAAGCUCUGGUAAUGACUCCGGCUUGACCCCGAGAGUUAUCCAAAUCGGCCUAUACUUGGACAGCUACUUUGAUAAAUUGUCUGCGUUUGACGAUGUCAAGGAUUUUGUCGCAGAGCUCAGCUUCGAGGAGGUCAAGGGUCUCAUGGAGGAGGUCCUGCCCAAGAUGCUUGAAGAGAAGUCUGAAAAGUCUAGUCAGGUUAUCCUCAAGUCACUAAUCUGCAAGCUGCGCUACCUGCUCACCACUUGCACACAAACACUCUCCCAUAACCCGUCCGUGGUGGACGGCCAAGAGCAGGACAAGCCAUACCAAUGCCGUCUGUGCUCCACCCUUACGUCUCUACCAUGCGAGAGCUGCUUGAGGAGCGUGGUUACCGAGGCCGCCCAAAUAUACCAGCAGAUAGUCGACGACUCAGAGCUGUUGGCAGCUAUCCCCCGUCUCGACAAGGACCCCCGCAUUGACUUGGCCCUUGUCAUGGGCAAUUCGAUCCUCAAGCUCUCUGGCUUGCGUCCUCGCGCUUCCGAUGUUGCCCCGGCACCGCUGCGGGAUGUGAACCCUUCGCUGUUCCUCCAGGCGGUCCUCGUCUUGGAUACCCAGCUAAAGGUUACGCCUAGCGAUGUCGCGCUGCGCCUCCUACUGGCCCAACUCUACCUCCUCCUUGGAUGCGCUUCCUAUGCCUACCAGAUCUGGACUCCUCUGGAUGUCAAGCGCACUAUCCAGGAUUCCCUCAGUCCCCUCUUCUUUGACAGGAUAUCAAGCUUGUCACCGGGUCUGUUUACCGGUACCCGCCCAUUGAUGGAGCCGCUGCGGUUAUACUACAAUAACAGUCUGCACAGUAGCUGCCCCUUGCGGAUCUGGGACGCGUUCGGCUCUGGGAGCUACAGCAGUAUUCUGGAGAUGACCGAGUUCGACAGCAAGCUGCGGAGAAGCUGCACGCUUAUGAUGUCCAUUGUGGAAGAGCGACGGGCAACUCGUGCCUUUGGCGGAAAGAUCGAAUGCGAGAUUGGCGAUUUGGCACUCACUGAAAACAUCGAUGACACAACCACCCUACUCAACAAAACCGACUACGGUUCAUUCGUCAACCUCGAAAGCCCUCAGGGUCCUCCCAUCCAAGAGUUCCUCCGUAUCGGCCCCGAGCUUUCCAACGAGCGCGCCCACCUCUCCUUCCUCUCCGAGCAAUACCUCGACCUAAUCCACCACAAACCGCCCAAGGACCACCGCCCCUACAAGCCCAGCGAGGCCGCCCUCAAAGAGCGCGCCUACACCUUCGAAACCCUCUCGCAACUCAACAACUCGCUGACAAGCUUCAUCCACCGUCCCACCACCCCCUCCGCGCUCACCUCGCCAGAAGCGACUUACUACACCAUCAUCUCCCUCCUCUCCGCAGCCGUGCUCACCGCCCUCUCCACCACGCGCGCCGACCCGUACCCGUCCGAAACGAUGAGCGUCAUCACCUCGUCCAUCCGCACCGCUUUCACCGGUUUGCGCACCCGCUUCACUUCUUCCUCCUCCCCUCCAUCUAAGGGUGGCGUAGACGAAACCUUCCACUCCCUAACCGACACACACACCCUCUCCCACGUGCGCGCCACCGCCCUCGCAAUGCGCCACAGCGCCGCCUUUGUACAAGCCUGGAACGACCGCGAGCUGGCCCGCGAUCGCUCCGGUAAGAGUACUUUGCACAAGGACGGUUUGGCGGAACUGAAAGCACUGGAUGCCAUGGCGGCUAAGACGAUCACGGAAGUCAAGGGACAUAUACAAAAGCUGAAGGAGGCGUUGGGGCAGGGAGGGUGGUUGGAUAAGAUGCUUGAUUGGACUUUUGGUGCUGGUGCUGGUGCUGGUGCUUCUGAAGAUGGUAAGGAAGGGAAGGAGGAAGGGAAGGGGCAGACAUCAGAAAAGGCUGCGCUGGUAAGGAAGGCGGUGGAGGAUGUAGUUGGGGGGCGAGAGGGCGCGGAGGAGUGGGUUGGGAAGGUGGUGGAGAGUUGGGGACAAGGGGUUAAGGGGUGGGGGUUGGUGAGGAUGGAGUAGAAUAAAUGGGUUGGUAUAGUUUAGGGGUGUGAUGGGAUGGGUAUGUAUACAUGAUAGAUUUGGUAGAGAAAAGCAUGGUUCAAGUGAAAGAGAUGGGAAUUAUUAUAGCCCGGGAAAGGGAAUGAAGGAAUAACAUUGAAGUGUCAAACAUUUGCCCCAGGUUCAUCACUUAGCCCUUCAGUUGAAUAUGCAGAAUCGAGAUCCAACG